UAACCUAUGAUUUUAACUCAGGGAACAGAGUUUGACGAGCCGCAGUGAAUGCCACAUAACACUGACGUGUAAACUGUAGGAGGCGCCAGGCCAGUCGGGGACUACUAUGCGGUCGGCUUUUAUUGGUCGAAGAAGUGAGCCAGUCAGCUAUUGUAGUCAAAUACCAACUGGAUAUUCUUGUUGGCGUUUCUCCAUACAUCAUAGGACCAAUGCGGAAGGCAAACAGAGGGAUUUGACAGCUGUAAGGGACAAUACAGAAUUCCAAAAUGCCUUCGCCUGUCCGAGUGAUCGUGGUUGGAGCUGGAAGUCGAGGGGGCACUUACUCCUGUUUUGCCACUAUCCACCCAGAGCGCAUGGAGGUUGUUGGAGUAGCUGAUCCAAGGAAAUUUGCCCGCACCAAACUUCAACAGCAACACAAAAUCGUGGAUGAAAACGUAUUUGAUGACUGGAAGAGUAUAGUGAAAAGAGAGAAGUUUGCAGAUGCUGUGUUUAUUUGCACUCCGGACCGCCUUCAUAAGGAGCCUGCAGUGGCCUUUGCUAACAAGGGUUACCAUGUACUACUGGAGAAACCAAUGGCAACGACGGUUGAAGACUGCAAAGCGAUUGUGAAGGCUUGCACUCAGAGUAGUGUAAUGCUUUCAGUGGCUCACGUUCUCCGCUAUGAUCCUUUGAUCCACAUGAUAAAGGAGCUGAUAGAUGCUGGAGUCUUAGGUGAUGUCAUCCAUAUUCAGCACUUUGAGCCGGUUGGUUUUUAUCACUUUGCUCACUCUUUUGUACGGGGAAACUGGAGGAAUGAAGCAGAGAGCUCCUUUGCUCUUUUGGCUAAGUCUUGUCAUGACAUUGACCUGAUGCAUCACUGGGCUGGAGCACGUAGGUGUGUGAAGGUUUCAUCAUUUGGUUCGGUCAGCCACUUUUUAAAAGAAAAAAAGCCUGCUGGUGCAGCAGAUCGCUGCAUGGAAUGUUCAGUUGAGAAAGACUGUCCAUACUCUGCAUCUAAAAUCUACUUGGAUUUAGUGAAACAGGGUCACACUGGCUGGCCUGUAUCAGUCAUAUGCCAAAGCUCAUUACCAGACAUCGAGUCAGUGACUGAGGCACUGAAGACUGGACCAUAUGGACGCUGUGUCUACGAGUGUGAUAAUGACGUGUGCAGUAACCAGGUUGUUAACAUGGAGUUUGAAGGGGGCCUGACAGCAUCCUUUUCAAUGGUAGCGUUCACUGAGGAAAUAUGCCAGCGAAAAACAACCAUCUAUGGCAGCAAGGGGGAGCUGUCAUAUGAUGGCCAUGAGAUAUGUGUGUUUGACUUUCUGACCCGGAGAACCACUAAGCACACAGCACACAAUGAUGCCCCCAAAGACUUUGGCUUGAGUGGACAUGGUGGAGCUGACUACCGCCUUAUGGAUGCCUUUAUUUCUGCUGUGGCGAACAAUGAUCCAUCCAUGAUCCGUUCUGGUCCGGAGGAGACGCUGCUGAGCCAUUUGCUGGUGUUUGAAGCUGAGCGUUCACGGCUGGAGAGCAGGGUGGUGUACUGUGGGGACAGUAGUCAAAGCUAAGCAACUGAAAAAAGGCUUUUACCUGAAAUUUUUAAGAGUUUUACCUUAAACAGUCAGUAUUUCACAAUAAUGAUACCUGAAUGAUUUAUGUCACAAUUGGACCAAAGUAGGAUCAGGCCCAAAUCUAUGAGUGCAAUCAGACAGAUUAUUAAUCGUACAUUGCUCAGGGAUUUUAAUUCUGUGUUUACACGUUUGUAUGAUUGAGUGAAAGGAAAGCUGUUUGUUUUUUGCUUUUUUAGUUUAAAUGUAUAAUGUGCCAACAACCUGAUCACCUGUCGUUUAGCUAAACUUAGUCGUUAUCAAAUUCUUAUUAGUUUUCCAUGUGAAUUUCUGCUGAAGAAGUUGAGGAACUUCCACAUUUUAUAUUGUUUUUGAUUCAUUCUAUCCUCUGUAUGUGUCUCUUAAUAUCACUGCAUAGACAAUAUGAAUUGUCUAGCUUAAUUUAGUGAGCAGAAUGUGUCUUAGGAUAUAUACUGUAUUAAGUCCAUCCAAUCUGAUGUGGGAUUAAAGAAAUGAACAGACAUGAAUGUACUGUGUUAUCAAAUCACUAACUGAGAAAAAAUAAAUAGUUUUUAAGUCUUCACA